GAUCGCUCCCCCCCCCGCAAGAGGCGAAAUCUCGGCAAGCCCGCACAUCCAGCCCGUCUCGGCCGCACACCGCUCUCCGCACCCCCUCGCCCACCGACCAGCGAUCCACAGCCAUGCAGGCACCCGUCAUCGUCAUCAACACCAACACCGAGAGAGAGACUGGCCGAAAGGCCCAGCUCUCCAACAUCACUGCCGCCAAGACCAUCUCUGAUAUCAUCCGAACCUGUCUUGGCCCACGCGCAAUGCUCAAGAUGCUCCUGGAUCCCAUGGGCGGCAUUGUUCUCACAAACGACGGCAAUGCGAUCCUUCGCGAGUGUGAGGUCGCUCAUCCCGCCGCCAAGAGCAUGAUCGAGCUGUCCAGAACCCAGGACGAGGAAGUCGGCGACGGAACUACCUCGGUCAUUAUUCUCGCCGGCGAGGUUCUCUCGGCUGCCCAGCCCUUCCUCGAGCGAUCCAUCCACCCCAUCACCAUCAUUUCUGCCUACAAACGCGCUCUGGAAGAUGCUCUGAAGAUCAUGUCGCAGAUUUCUGUCAACAUCGACAUCACCCAGCGAAACGAGGUCGUCCGUCUGAUCCGCUCGACCAUCGGCACCAAGUUUGUCUCCCAGUGGAGUGACCUGAUGUGCUCCCUUGCCUACGAUGCCGUUAAGACGGUUUCGCUUGAGGUUAACGGAAAGAAGGAGGUCGAUAUCAAGCGAUAUGCUCGUGUGGAGAAGGUCCCUGGCGGCGAAAUCGACGAGUCCUGCGUCUUGAACGGCAUCAUGGUCAACAAGGACGUCACCCAUCCCAAGAUGCGUCGUCGUAUCGAAAAGCCCCGAAUCGUUCUCCUGGACUGCCCGCUUGAGUACAAGAAGGGCGAAUCCCAGACCAACGUGGAGGUCACGGACGAGGCUCACUGGGCCCGCCUGCUUGAGAUCGAAGAAGAGCAGAUCAAGGAGAUGUGCGAUCACAUCAUCCGCCUGAAGCCUGAUCUCGUCUUUACCGAGAAGGGUGUCAGUGAUCUUGCCCAGCACUACUUUGUCAAGGCCAACAUCACGGCCAUCCGUCGUGUCAAGAAAACCGACAACAACAGAAUUGCCCGCGCUACGGGCGCAACCAUCGUCAACCGUGUCGAGGAUCUGAAGGAAGAUGAUGUCGGAACCCAGUGCGGUCUGUUUGAGGUUCGCAAGAUCGGCGACGAGUACUUUACGUACUUGGUGGAGUGCGAGGACCCCAAAGCCUGCACCAUCCUUCUUCGUGGCCCCUCCAAGGACGUCCUGAACGAGAUCGAGCGUAACCUGCAAGACGCCAUGUGCGUUGCCCGCAACGUCAUGUUCGAGCCCAAGCUGUGCCCUGGCGGUGGUGCCACCGAGAUGGCCGUCGCUGUGCAGCUGGCCGAGAAGGCCAAGGCCAUCUCUGGCGUUGAGCAGUGGCCGUACAAGGCCGUGGCCGAGGCCAUGGAGGUCAUUCCAAGAACCCUGGUUCAGAACUGCGGCGGAAACGCCAUCAAGGUUCUGACCCAGCUCCGAGCCAAGCACGCAGUUGGCGAGUAUUCGUGGGGCAUCGAUGGCAUCUCCGGAAAAAUCGUCGACAUGAAAGAGUACGGCGUCUGGGAGCCCUAUACAGUCAAGUCCCAGACCAUCAAGACCGCCGUCGAAUCCGCCUGCCUGCUGCUGCGCGUUGAUGACAUCGUUUCCGGUGUCUCCAGACGCCAGGCUGAGGGUGCCGGACCGGCUCCUGCCGGAGGCGAAGAGAUUCCCGAGGAGGCUGAGCGAUAAAUGGCUGCCGUCCAACCGACAGCCAAGCACCCAUGCAAAUAUGGACCCAGCACACGGAAUGGCAGCAGCACUUUGUUAUGUUUGCUCAAUACAGACUGUGAUUGAAUGUAGCCCUUCGAGGGAACCCCUGGUCACUCUACUGGCUUUUGGAAUGCAUUUUGACGCACCGGGAUGACGCUCAUCACUGAGAGACCUGGGAUCGACGCACCUCUGUUUC